UACAGCUUCUCUUUUAAACAUAAAAACCAAAUCCUCCCCUUGUGUAUAUAAAUAUCAAAUAGAAUAGUUCAAAGGGAGUAUCCAAUAUCCAGAUCACUGAAAGUUAAAAAGAGGUAGCUAGCAAAGCAGAUGGGUUUGAGGGUGAGGCAUCAUUUAUCUUCAUCAUCUGCUCACUUUUGCCUCUUUGUCAUCUUCAUUUUCCUUUGCUUUCCUUUCUACGAUGCUCAAAAUGCUACUACUGAUCCAUCUGAAGUGAGGGCAUUGAACUUGCUAUUAGGGGGAUGGGAUGCACAAGCUGUGGCACUGUGGAACAUAAGUGGAGAACCUUGCAGUGGAUCUGCCAUUAAUGCUACAGAUUUUAAGGACGGAGACAACAAUCCAGCGAUCAAGUGUGAUUGUUCCUACAACAACAAUAAUACAUGCCAUAUCACCCAAUUGAGAGUUUAUGCUUUGCAAAAAAGGGGAACAAUCCCAGAAGUAAUUGUGGCUUUGAAAUAUUUGACUUUGCUGAAUAUUGAUCAAAAUUACUUCACAGGUCCCUUGCCUGCAUAUAUUGGAAAUUUAUCAUCAUUGAAGACUUUGUCCAUCGCUCAUAAUGCAUUUUCUGGGGGCAUUCCAAAGGAAAUUGGAAAUCUUAAGGAGCUAACCUCAUUGUCAAUAGGAGAAAAUAACUUCAGUGGAACACUCCCUCCAGAAAUAGGCAAUCUUGUCAAACUCGAGGAACUUUAUAUUAACAGCUGUGGAGUGGGUGGUGAAAUUCCCUCAACAUUUGCCAAUCUUAAAAGCAUGAGAGUCUUGUGGGCAUCAGACUCUGCGUUCUCAGGCAAGAUACCUGAAUUCAUAGGGAAUUGGACAAAGCUUCAACAAUUGAGAUUUCAGGGGAAUUCUUUUAAAGGUCCCAUACCAUCCAGCUUUUCUAAUUUGACAUCUUUGGAUUCCUUGCGAAUUAGUGAUAUGCACAAUGUGAGUUCAACUCUUGAUUUUAUCAAGAAUUUGAAGAGUUUGUCUGAAUUGUAUCUAAGGAAUGCAUUGAUCAGUGACACUAUUCCAUCUGACAUUGGAGAAUAUACAAGAUUACAAAGGCUGGAUUUAAGUUUCAACAACUUAACGGGCCCAAUUCCAAGUUCUUUGUUCAAUAUGAGUUCUCUUGAAUCCUUGUUUCUUGGAAACAAUAGCCUAUCUGGAAACCUUCCUAAUCAGAAAAGUAAUACUCUUCAGACUAUAGAUUUAUCUUACAAUUAUCUUUCAGGAAGUUUUCCUUUAUGGGUAUCCUCCAAUCUACAAUUGAAUUUAGUGGCCAACAAUUUCACAUUUGACAGCUCAAACAUAAGUGUUUUACCACAACUGAACUGUCUGCAGAGAAAUUUUCCUUGCAAUAGAGAUCUUCCACGCUAUGCAAAUUUCGCAAUCAAGUGUGGUGGUCCAGAGAGGAAAACUAGUGACGGAAUAGUGUUUGAAGCUGAAAAGUCAUCUCUAGGUGCAGCAUCCUUCAAUGUGACUAGCAGUGAAAAAUGGGCAGUCAGUAACGUGGGUUUGUUUGCUGAUAGAAAUAGUCCAGCUUACGUUGAAAAUACAUUGGCACAAGUGACUAGCACCAAUGCUCCAGAGCUUUAUCAAACUUCAAGGAUAUCUCCAAGUUCACUUAGGUACUAUGGCCUUGGUCUUGAGAAUGGAAAUUACACCAUUAGCUUGUUCUUUGCAGAAACUGCAUUCGACGAUCGAAGCUCACAAACUUGGGAGAGUCGGGGAAGACGCAUUUUCGACAUCUAUAUCCAAGGAAGUCUCCGAUUGAAGGACUUUGACAUAUCAAAGGAAGCAGGGGGGGUUAGGAAGGCAUUUGUAAGCAAAUUUAAUGCUACUGUAUCAGAAAACUAUCUUGAAAUUCACCUAUUUUGGGCUGGAAAGGGAACUUGCUGCACCCCUGUACAAGGGUAUUAUGGACCAAUCAUUUCAGCACUCAGUGUUGUUCCAGAUUUUAUGCCUACUGUUAGUGGGAUACCGCCACAUACUCGUAAAGAGAAGGAAAAAACAGGGUUGAUUGUUGGUGUUACUCUCUCUGCUGCAAUUGUAGGCUUUAUUUUGUUGUUUGCGUUUCUUUACUUCAACGGAAAAACGAGGAAAGAUGACGAGGAUGUGUUUGUUGGGAUUGAUUAUAAACCCAACACAUUUAGCUAUCUUUGA